AUGCUAGCCUAUGCGGCUGCAUCUUACGCCGCCUUGAACUAUGCCUUCCUCAGCGCUCUGUCAGCGCCGUACCCGGCCAAGGACCCUGCGUCGUACGUCAACACGCUCAUCGGCACGCUAGGCGGCGGACACGUCUUCGCCGGACCCUCGACGCCCUUUGGCAGCAUCAAGCCCGGCCUGGAUUCGGACGUCGGCAACAACCAGGCGGGGUUCGUCUCGGAUGCUGGCGCGGCCAUCUUUGGCAUCAGCGCGCUUCACGAUGAUGGCACGGGCGGUAGACCCUCGUUGGGCAUGUCGUCGCUCCUGCCGCAGUACUGCCAGCUCGACACGCACGAGGAGGACUCCGGGUGCAAGUGGACACGCAACGCCCGCAGGACGCACCUCGCGGGGCCGCAGAGCUUCAGCAGUGCACCCGGCGAGUUUCAUGCUUCGCUCGAAUCGUUGAUCGAGGUCAGCUUUGCGGCGACGGAUCAUGCGGCAGUCUAUCAGUUUGACUACAGCAAGACGCUCGAGCGUGGAUCGUGGGUGGUGGACCAGCGUAAAGCAGAGCGAGAGAGGCGCGCGAAUAAUAUGGAGCCCGUGCUGAUGUUCGACUACAUGACGGAUCUUUCGAACAGUGGUGGGGGCACGCCCAACUCGCUCCGCAUCGAGACGGUCGAUCUGCCGUCCACGCAGGGGGGAAAGGCGCAAGCGAUAACACGCAUUCGUUCGAGCGCAACCUUUUCGCCCUCUUUCGGUGUGGGCAACUUCCAGGUGUAUGCGUGCCUCGACGUGCCGCUGGUGCGAUCGUCGGGCGUGUACCAAUCGACAGUCUCCACGCCAGGUGCUACCGAGCUUACCGACAUCUACGACGAAGCGGGUGUGAUCCUCACGCUCGACCGGGAUGCGCUUGCUGCUGCGCCGUACGCUGGCGUGCUACCCGUCCGCAUGGGCAUCAGCUGGGUCUCCACCGAUUCCGCCUGCGCCUUUGCCUUCGAUGAGAUCCCAGCCUUCCCUUCGACGCGCUCGCUCACCGCUGUCGCCGCACAGACGCGCACCAAGUGGAACCGGCUGCUGAGCGAUACGCUUUCGGUCUCGCACGACGGCGUGAGCGACGACGACCUCACGCUCUUCUACUCGUCCCUCUACCGCUCCUUCCUCUCGCCCAACAACGUCACCGCCGACAAUCCGCGCUUUAGCACAACCAAGCCGUCGUUCGACUCGCUCUACUGCAUCUGGGACAGUGCACGCACCAUCCAUCCCCUCUGGACGCUGCUCGCACCCAAGGCACAGGCCGACGUGCUCCAGGCGAUCGUCGAGAUUCAAAGGCACGAAGGCUGGCUGCCCGACUGCAGGAUGUCGACGAGCAAGGGGUAUACGCAGGGCGGGAGCAAUGCAGAGAUGAUGCUGAGCGACUCGUAUGUCAAAGGUAUCCUUGGCGACGACGUGCAGUUUUGGCAGGAUGCGCUCCAGGCCAUGCUCAAGGAUGCACAGGUCGAGCCUGCCUCGUGGGGACUCGUGGGCAGGGGAGGCAUUGCAGCCCGUGCCAAGCUCGGCUAUGUACCGCGCGGCGAGUGGGGAUCUCCAAGUGCUACAGGCGCAACUCCGGGUCGAACGGCUUCAAGAACAAUAGAGUAUGCGUACAACGACUUUAGCAUCGCGCUCGUCUCUGCCGGGUUGAAACGUAGGGAUCUGUACGACACGUAUACGCGGCUGUCGAACGACACCUUCAACCUGUGGAAUACGAGCAUAGUGUCGGAUGGCUUUUCGGGCUUCCUGCAGGCGCGCGAGGAGGACGGUACUUGGGCGUACCAGGAUCCACGUCGCUGUUCGCCCGCACUCGAACCGAUGGGGUGCUUCUUGGACCGUGGCGAGGGGCAUGAUUUCUACGAGGCGAGUAGUUGGCAGUACUCUCUCUUCGCGCCGCACGACAUGGCGACCGUCGUAUCGCUCAUGGGUGGACACGAACGGUACAUCGAGCGAUACAACCACAUGUGGGCGUCCGGCUAUGCGGAUAUCGGCGACGAGCCCGGAUUCCUCGCCGCCUACUCGGCCAACUUUGCACGCGGCGGAUACAGACAUACGGUAGACACAGUGAUAGGGCUAGUGCGCGCGCAGUUCAACACGUCCACCGCAGGGUUACCCGGCAAUGACGAUGUGGGCGCCAUGGGGAGCUUGGUCGUAUGGACCUAUCUCGGCUUCUUCCCCGUUGCGGGGACGGGGGUGUAUUUGCUAGGAACGCCACUGCUGAGUGCGUAUGCUGUCACCAACGACAUCACGGGCAAGACGUUCAGGCUGAAAACCAAGGGCUUUGACGCAGCAAGGCGAAACAAAUACAUCGUCAGCGCAACGCUGGACGGCAAGCCGUACACCAAAAGCUGGCUGUGUCACACCGUGUUUGCCCAGGGCGCCACACUCGAGCUCACGCUAGGCGACACUCCAAGCCCCACAUUCGCGACCGCAGAUGGGGAUCUGCCACCCAGCCUGUCCACCGGUGGAUACGCGUACGACUCGAACCCUCCUGGCUGCUGA